CUCUGAAGAGACUGAAGAGUGCUUCUUUGAAGAGACCAUAGAAGCCGCUAAAAGUUGAUUCUUAUUUAUAUUGGAAUUUAUAUAUUAUUUAUCUAAUUUAUGGAUAAAUCAUUUUAAUUUAAAGGUUACUUAAAAAGCCAAAUAUUUAAUCAUUAUUAUAAAAAUGACCAAUUUCAUUGUUACUCCGAUGUCUAUAAUUUCUAAUAACUGUGUUCCUUAAAAUAAAACCUAAUAUCGAUAAUCCAGGAUUUGUCAGAAAGAAGGCGCUGUUCACUGUUAAGUAUGGUCUGAGGCUCCCUAAUACCAUUCAUAGUACUCCAAGUACUCAUUGUCAUUUUAAUAUCACAACUUAAACUUGUAUUUAGUUCUAGCUGCUAAGUAGGCUAUCAUUAGAAUUAGGCUUAGGACCAGGCUAGACUAAAAUUCUAAAAUAAAUUACGAAUUAAAAUUGGCCUUGAUCAUUCACUUAUUACUCAAAGGAAGACCUAUACCAAUGAAAAUACAUAAUUUUUUACUAUGUGUAAUGUAACAAUGUAGGUGCCAGGUAAUAAAAUAUUAAUUCCAAAAGAUUAUUAAAAAUAUUAUUACAGUUGUAUAGGCAUAGGGCUAAUUAUUUUUUAUUUUUAGUUAUGAAUUUUCAAAAACUGAGUGUGUUAGUAAAUUUUUACUAUGGACUGCAACUCCACAUUUUGAAACCUGAUUCCAAUGAUUGUGUCACUCUCAUCAACUCUUGUUUAAAGGAUAAAUUAUAGGCUAAUACUUAACUUGUAUUUUCUGUUUUUUAAAAGUUCUAAUUGUAACAUUAACUUGAACUGCCUUCUAAGUUCAUUCUAAAAACAGAAGUUUUUCAGAUAUUUUGAUGUAAAUUGUGGUAAUACCUCCCAGAGUGCAACUGACGGGACUUAAUAUAGGAGUAGAAUAAGUCACUGCCAAGCAAGGACGUCGUACGAGGCGACUUAUUGUAUCAUGCUUUGCAUUGGGCUAGCAGCCCAUUCAAUCAUUCUUUGAACUCAAGAAACCCAACAACUGCUACGAAAACAUCCACAACCAAUAAACGUUUGCCACCCCCAUUGGGGGCGGGUCCUGCCUUAUAAAGGGACCAUGACGCAGGUUAGCCAAACCCAUAAGGGAACCCUCUUGCCGAAUUCCUGUCACAUAUUUCGGCCAGCAUUGUUUGGCGGUUUAUAGUUGAGCUAGUCAUAUAAUAUAAUACUGAAGCCUAAAAUUGAAGUUGUCAAUAAUCCACCACACCUGUCAAUAAAACUUCAUGAUGACCAUAGCUUCCAAACUUACCAUAUAUAUUAUAUAUUUGUUAUAAAUCAGCAAUUUUAAAAAAUAUUUUGCAGAGGAAUAAGUGGGAUGGUAGGCUUAUAAGUGUAUCACUUCAAUAUUUUUACCCAUUUUAAAAACCAAUUAAAGAUACAAGACAUGAAAAACUCUCUUAAGAUGAUCUUUUUUUUAUUCUUUAUAAAUUUACUAAGAUGAUUUUGCAUUAAAUAUUAGAACCAAACAAUACACAAAAUUAUGUUUAAUAAAAAAUGAAUAGAACUACAUUUUGAAUACUGAUAAACAUGAGUCUGUACUUGUAAUCUUUAUAUACAACUCACCAGGAACUAAAUUAUCUUUAUGGAAUGAAAAUUCCAUAGUGUUUUUAUAACACUGUUUAUAGGCCAGUUGAGGUUAAUACCUAACUCAUGGGGGUAGCUGUCAGUUGAGUCUUGGUCUCCUUUGAACAUUUUCAGAAAGUAGUUUAACAUUGUCAUUAAGUUAACUUUUAUUUUAAUUUUUUUUACCCCCUGCAGAUGUCUGAGUGAAUGUACAGAUGAAAUAGAAGUUCACUUUCCAGCAGGUGUAUUAUUUCUGCUAGAUGAUGACACCACAAGGGGGCAUGAUAAUGAAUGUGGCGCCACCUCCUCUUUCUUCAGGGGGAACAAUAUCUCUUGCCUUACUAAUUGAAUAUGCAUUGCAGCGAACCCAUCAUGAACUCAUUGUAUUAUCUGAGCUGUGAGUAGUGCCUGUUUUUUAAAAAAAAACUAUCAAGUGGCAUAUUAGAAACCCCCAAUAUUUAAAUUCUUUUGACUUUACCUUAUUUCUUAAGAAAAUCAGUUCCACUGUAGACACCUUUCAGUAGAAAAGAUUCUAGCUCCAGUCAAGAUGACUUAGUGGAUGAUACAAUUUAGUUCCAUAAUCGGCAAAUGUCUAUGGGUGGUUGUUUGAAUAAUUGAAUUUCUCUCUUGUGCAAAUGUACCAGAUGGUCUGCAAUUAAUCUCCUAAAUUUGAAAGCAGGAAAUCUAUAGAGCUGGCAUAACUAUAUUGGAAUGUGUAUUGAGAUUUUGUAUAUUCAAAUCUUUAAUGUGAUCAGUUACCGAUCUAGACAGCUAAACAUUAGCUAAAUUCUUUGUCAUUUAUUCUAUAAUUCAUUUAUUCUAUCUGUGAAUUUCUUCAGUAUUUACUUAUCAGACAUGAAACACUUAGUUUUAUGACCAUUAUUUCAAGCUGUCUAAAUUUUCAGGUCCAUUGUCCACUGUGAGUAAUAAUGAUACUUUCAGAGUAAAUAACAUGUGGAAUGAUAUGUUUAGGCGUGGCAAGAAAAGACAGGACAAUUAAAAUAAUGUUUUAGCUAGACGCUUUCUUCAGCAGACAAUACAAAACAAAAACAACAGAUACUAUCAAUUAAAAAUAGAAAUAACACAUAAUGUUUUAGAAAAGUUUAAUAAUGUAAAUGUAGCUCAAAGCAGUCCCUUAAAGAGGUUAUGUUAACUUUGUAACACAUGAUUAUUCCGGGUGGUAAUUGUUCCAUGCCUGUAUCAUUGAUUUAAAAUUUAGUUAUUACUUUGUACCUUAGUUUCUCUUAUUAAUCAUUAUUGUUUCUUAUUAAUCAUUAUUUUUUGUGUGGGGCAAUCAUCCCGGGUGCCUAAUGAGGGGGGGGUUGCCAAAACUGUUUUUAGAUAUACCUUUUUAGUGAAUUAAAUUACAAUACCAUGUACUUCACAAAGACAAAUGAUGCCAGAAUUGUCUUUUUACUGAUCUGCCCUUGUCUAUAUAGUGAUGGGCUCUAUUUUCAGGCUUGGCCUCAGGUGCUGCUUUUCCUUGGCACGGCCCUGAUCUAAAGUAUUGAUAAUAGCUAAUUUCAAUGUUUUUUAAAUGAAAAAUAAUUUAGGUGUUAAAAAAAUUACAUUUAGGAGAAGCCCAGGAUUAGGUAAUAAUAAAGUUGAAGCAUUGAUAUGUUGGUUUAUACAUUCACCUAAUGAGAAUUUUAGUUUGUUUAAAUUCAAUUUUGUAAAUAAAAAAAAAGUAAUGUGAAAUCAAGAUUACACUUGUAUGUUACAGCUGCUUACAAAAAUGACAGUUACUCAUUUUAUCUUGAACAAGAGGAAUACCUAUAAUUUUUUUUUUAAAUUUCAGAUUGCCAAGGAAAUCUGACAUGGAAAGGUAACUUAUGAGUAACAUUAAAUAUAUCAUAAUAUGAAUAUCAUUUAAAGUAAUGUGCGUGGGGCAUGUAUUGAGGUUUGUAUGGUGUUGAGCAUGAGAGUUCACCAAUAAAUGUGGCUCACUGGAUAUUGUGUUUAUUAUGUGCAGAAUGUUUUUAGAGAGCACUUAGUUAGUGAACUCUCUUCCUGCGUUAUACUUGGUGACAUAUUUUUAUGACUGUUAUGAAGUAUUUGUCUAGUCCGUUUUGUGUUGAUUAGUAGGCAGUCAUUGAAAUAACUUUGUAGGAGAUGAUUGCGUAUUAUUCUUCCUGAUAGCGAGCUGUGCUUUACAUGUGUGUUGAUAAAUUGUACAGUCUGUGAAGAUAUAUAAUAUAUUAAAGUUGCAUUAAUUAUGGAAAAGGACUUGUGUUAAUUGAGUGCUAUUAUGAUGUAUGAACAAAGUGUAAAAGAACCUGAUGAAGUAAACCAAUCAAGUAUACAAGGAUUUGACAUGGAUGUUUGGGGGGGGGGGGCAUUCAAAGAGAUCAUUGUCGUUAUUAUUUUUGUUAUUUCGUUUCAGUAUUUCAUAAAAUUGUACUUCUUUUGUUUAUUUUUACAGAAAAAUUGAAAUUUUCCAGUUCGCAAGCCGUACAAGACAACUUUUUGUAAGGCUAUUGGCACUGGUUAAGUGGGCUAACAGUGCAUCCAAGGUUGACAAGUGCAUGGUAAGUCAAGUCUUAUUUUUUAAAUUUUGUUUGUUGUCAAAAACAACAAUAACAUUAUUCUCAUUAAAGAAAUUGUUUUUUUCUGAAAGUGCCUCAUUUCUCCUCUGAUUCAUUGAGCAGCAGAAUGUACUUUAUCAUUCUAAUUCAGCUAAAAUAAAAAUUUCAUUACCGUGAAGAAAGUAAUAAAAUCUUUAUGAAUAACCAAUAGCUAAUAAUUUCACUGCAGGUUCUGUUUUUCACUAUCUGUUUCUCUGUUAAUAUUUUUAACAACUAUACAUAUACAUAUUGCUUACUAAGAUCCACUACUUAUUAUUAAACUCUUCGUGGCUUACAGGACAUAUGUAAUUUCUUGGAGCAGCAGUCUAUGUAUUUUGUGGAGACGGCUGACGGCUUACAUAAAAUGGCUAAAGAAACUCUGGCCUCUGCGAGGUAACUGAUUCAAGCUGUUCAAGAUAUUUGAAACCUUUCAAUUGAAUAAUUUAUUGAUUUGAGAAACUUAACCGUAGUUAUGGUUCUAUUAAAAACUCAAAAACUCGUGAUUUCUCAUAUGAGGCCAUUAAGCAAUUUUGAACAGGAUUGUAUUGAAUAUUUGUGUUAGAGGAAAAUAUAUUAUUAUGUAAGGUUGCACUGUUUAAUUUGAAGAAAUAGGUUAUUGCAUUCGCUACUUUAAUAACAAAUCAGCUGUAAAUUUAAAUGUAUCUGUCUAUCUAAAAAGUUGCGUUUUGAGCAUAUAAACGAACUCAUUUUCUGAUAAGAUCCUGUCAUUAAAAAAAAUAGCAACAAAUAUAAACAAUCUAAUAAUCCUAUUCUUCGGUAUAUAAAUAAAAAUUUUCAUAAUUUUAGUGCAUUUACAUCUACGUUACAAGAACUUACCAUCACCCACCCCCAAGUGUUUAUAGUGUCAUUCAAAGCUACUGCUCCAUUUGGUUUCAGAUACAUUUCUUCACUAACAAAAUAAGUUGACAGUUCAGUUGAUAGUUGAUCCAUAACAAAUAUGGUAUUGGUUCUCACCUAAUGAGCAGGGUGCAAAAACUUGUUAUGUUACGCAUUGAACUGUUUUAUGAUACCAAAGAUUGCUUUGUAAAAAAAAAUAAUAAAUUUUGAAUUAAAAAUGCAUUAGCUAAAUUUUGAAUUACAGUAGAAUGUUGGUUUUAUCAUUUUAGUAAUCAAAUUAAUGAUAUGUGAAAGUCAAUAAUCAGCUGAUCUACCUAUUAUCUGGAAAAUGCUUUAUGACUGCAGUUAUGAUAUUUAUUAGCUAUUGACAUAAAAUAUGAUAGAAGCAACAUAAUUCUGAAUAAUCAAACGUUCAGUUGCUCUUCUGUUCAUGCCAUCCCCCAUGUACACAAAAACAUGAUUCUAUGAUGGUGUAAGCCUUAUCAUGAGUUUCCUGCCUGGUCAUUUGUUUUUCUUUGCUAAAGAUCCUCUGAUAGCCUUGCUUUGCUCUUCCAUUCAUAUUUGUUGUUCAUAGUGUAGACAUGAUGCCGGACUUAAAAUCAUCUCCAGUAUUUGUAUAAAAUGCUUGUGUGAUUUUGAAGUUAAAUAUUUGAGUAUUAUCUUCCGCAGGUUGCCCAGUUUCUCCUUACCUUGUGCCAUUGAUGUUCUGACCACAGGGACUUACCCUAGGCUGCCAACUUGUAUCAGAGUAAGUUAUUAUUCUCUCACAGGCAUUCGUACAGUGCUACUUUUAAUAUGCACCUGCACUGUCCCAUUAAGCACUGUUUCCCAAAGUGGUUUCCGCACACCAGUGCUGGUCUGCGAGCCUUACGUUGCCAGUCAGAACAAAAUUAAAAGAAAAAUAAUUAAUCCAUCUUACACCAGUCCCUGGUGCAAUUGGAAACCUGUCCACCGAUUCAACAAACUUGGAAUUGUGGGAAGCACUCGCUGCUACGGGGGAUAUCCCCAACUAUAAAAUGAUAUUUAUGUCAUUAACAUGACCUUAUAAUUUCAGGAACGUAUCAUACCCCCAGACCCCAUUACACCCCAAGAGAAAAUGCAGACUUUGCAGCGUCUCAAUGAAGUGAUUCAAUACAGACUUGUGUCCAAUGAACUCCCAAAGCAAAUGAGAAGACUUAAAAUAGGUAAAGUUAUUGAGAAUGAUAAUGGCCUGUACUCAAUGAAUAUUAAUAACUUCAUAAUUGACAUCUGCUAUUUUAUACUUCGAUUAUUUUGUAUUACUGUUUGAGUAGACUUGACCACCUCUAAACUUGAACUGAUCUGAUUCUUUAUUACUGUUUGAGUAGCUUGACCACCACUAAACUUGAUCUGAUCUGAUUCUUUAUUACUGUUUGAGUAGACUUGACCACCACUAAACUUGAACUGAACUGAUUCUUUAUUACUGUUUGAGUAGACUUGACCACCACUAAACUUGAACUGAACUGAUUCUUUAUUACUGUUUGAGUAGACUUGACCACCACUAAACUUGAUCUGAUCUGAUUCUUUAUUACUGUUUGAGUAGACUUGACCACCACUAAACUUGAUCUGAUUCUUUCUUUAUUGUAAUGAUUCUGCAGACCAAGGUCGAGUCAAGUUCUUUGUAGAACAAGAGUUUGAGGUAAUUCCCCUUAAUUAAUUCAGCAAUGUUUUUGCUGGGUCACUCCUGGCACAGAAGUACACCAGCUGCCUCAUGGUAUCUUAGUUCCUCUAUUCAAUCUAGCAAUACCUUGUCUUAAGCAAGGUUACUUAAUUAACCUUUCUGUGGAUAUGAAGUUAUAACAUUACAAAUGCUUUCAGACAAAAGCUUUCUGUCAUCCAAAGUAACUUGAAAUAAAUUUUUACUGAAUCAGAUUAAGUGUUGCCCUGAUCUAAAAAUAAGCCUUUUUAAUUUGACGCUAUUUUGGUUCACUGGUCUCUUUAUUUGUUAACACCUUAUUAAAGUCUUGUUUUUUUUUUAGUCAGCUAAAUUUGCUCAUAAUUUUUGCUUCAAUAAAUUUUUAACAUGUAAUUAAAUUUUUUAAAAAUCACCCAUAGACUUGUUAAAUUUUUGAAAAUGUAUUACUUCCUGUCACUCCUAUGAACGUGAAUUGAUUUUGAGCUUCUAUAAUUUUUUGCAGUAGGUCUUUUAAUUAAUUAUUUUAACACGAAAUGCCUUAUUUAUGUCAUUGCAAUUUCUUGUGUUUACCAACAGGUGACUCUCACAUUAAUGGGGGAUAGUCCUACUAUUCCUUGGCGUCUGCUGGAUGUCAACUUUCUUGUUGAGGAUCAUGAAACAGGGCGUGAGUGCCUAUAAAUUCAUCAAAGAGUAAUUCUUAUCACAAAGAAAAUAAUUUGACAGCAAUAGACCCUGUCAUCAUUUAUUUUAGAGCACCAGUCUGAGCAUCUGAGGUUCAAAUUUGGCUAAUCCAGUUUCAAUUCAGAGAAAUGUUUAUUUUGAGAUGUUCAACAUUUUUCUCAAAACAUAGACAUUAAAUUAACCAACAUACCCCACCCCCCAACCGCACCCAUAUCCUUUUUGGUGAGUUAAGAUUUCAAUGUGUCCUCAGUGGUUGAAGUAAUGGUUAAUCCUACACAUGGUUAAACCAGGGUCACCUCUAUAUAUUUUGUGCCACUCCACAAGCAGCAAAUAGUUAUUGGGUAGAAUGUAAAAGAGAGUUGAAAUUAAUUGAAGAACUUGCUAGUUAUUGAAAAUGUUUGUUAUGUUUGUUACAGCAAUGUGUACCUAUCUUUGUGUUUAUAAGAAAUUGAGUUUUAAAAAUUGAUUCAGAGUAAUGCCUUUUGAUUUUAAUUUAGUUAGAUUUAGUGUAACUAUCCCUCAUGCCCUAGUUGCACAGUUUCUGUUGAUCUGAUUCACUUGCUAACUAAUUUAAAUCAAAAUAUAACUAAUUUAGAAAAUGUGAUUCUAGAUUUUUAAAAAAUCAUUUUUGUUUAAUAACGUACAAUUUUUGGACAAAAAAAUUGUUUGAAUUAGAUACUAUUUGCAUAUAUGCAACUAUUUGCCUGAACAAUUUUCAAAUAAUGGAUAUCCUGUCAUGGCAAAACGGUGAUUUUGAUUUCUGAUAUUGCUUUAGGAAAUAAUAAAUAAUUAAUUUUUUGUUGGAGAUGCAGAUAGGUUAUUUUAAAUUAUACAUUACAAUAAAAUUAAAAUAUAGAAUAUUUUAAUUAUACAUUAGAAUAUAAUUAAAAUAUAGAAUGCAGAUUAAACUUUCAACUUUUUUUUAUCUUCUUUCAGAUGGAAAAUCAUUGGUACAUUCAAUGCAGGUAUGGACAUUUCUAACUUUUAAUAUUUGUAAAUCAUAAUUUAUAUUUGUCCAGACUUAGAUUUUCAUGUAAAGUUUCCAAACAAAUUUGUGGUUUGUCAGUUUUUCUUUCAGUUGUUAACAGAGUUUUUUUCUUCCUUGCAGGUCCAUUACAUACAUGAGCUUGUCCAGUCCAGGCUGUUGCAUGUAGACCACCCUUUGCAUGAUCUCUACAAAGUAUUACGUAUCCUUCAUUGUCAUUUAAUCUCAUGUUAUAAACUGUUCAGUGUCAGCCUGUUAUAGUAAUGGAAAAAGCCUAGACCAUCAGUUAGAUAUAAUUUUUCUGAAAAUUAUGAAUGUGAACAUUUUAGUUUGUUUUUCCAUUUCAAAUGACAUGACGCUUAAAUUUCAGCAUUUUGUUUUUACAGUAGCUUAUAAAGGUCAACAAAAAUGUGUGACAUAGCAGUCAACUUCACUAACUAGUGAAAUGAUUAUCAAAACUACACAAUAAAUGGUUGUAUAGCAAAACUAUCAAGAUUUUUUUGAGAUGGUGUUGUUGCAUUCUGUAUCAAAAUCAAUUUAAGUAUCAAAAAAAUAUUCUUAACACUUGCCCAGACUCAUUUUGUCAGUCACUGCAGCUUGAAGUCCUUCAUUCUCAAGUAAGUUUUAUUUUCAAAGUUUGUUCUGUUUCCCCCAAUACCAAAGAAGUACAAUGUAUAUACAUGGACAAAACAUGUCAGACAAUUAUUUCUUCCUCUGUCAUCUGUCUGUCACAAUGUGACAAUGGUGUACACUUCGCAGGACAAAAUAUCAAGGCCUGAGAUUUUUCUUUAGGUGUUGAGCCGGUUCCCUAGCCAGCCAAUCACCUCUCUCCAUGCAUCCGGAUAACCAAAGGGUUAUCAUCAUGUGGGAAUGAUACAACUAAGCACAAGGAACGUCGCAGGAGUUAUCAUUAAGUUUAUGUCAUUCUGCGUAAGGGACUACAUCUCCAGGUUUGAAUUCAGAGUUUUCUUUAUCUGAGAUGAGUUGCCACCCAAAGUAAAGGGGUGCUUGGGGAUGGUUUUGGUUGUCUAGGCUUUUGCUGGCGAUUGAAGUCCAGUGCACAAGAUUGGGAUUGACUCAGUUUAGACAACUUGGCCACCCUGUGUAUAUUUCUCAUUGUUACGACUUGAAUGCCGACCUCCCGUAUUUCUCUUAUAGUUAUUCAUUCUAUUGAGGAGGUGAACCUUGAGUGACAGACUUCAUUUCAACCUCUGAGCUUGGUGUGGGAUUACAUGUCUAUGCCAUGAUAGCUGUAGUCCUACAACUUAACAUACAAUGGCUGGAAUAAGUCUGGAAAUUAAAAACACAUUAUUUAGUUGGUUAUUUUGAUGUUUGUAUGUAGACUAAUCAUUUUUUGUUAAUAUUUCACCAAAGCUUCAUAUUGGACCAUAAAAAAACAAUAUUUUGUUAUGUUUAUUAACAUAAAACAGGCCCAGAGGCUGAUGAAUGACAGGCUGAGGGACAGCAUUUGUAUUGUUGAGUACUCACUCAGCAAGUCUUUGUCAAUAUCAUAUUGGAGGUUUGUACUGUACAACUUUAAUGUAAAAUUAAAGUCAAAGCAUGAGAACUUUCAGAGAUCGUGAUUGUUUAAAAAAAAUUAUUGAUUGUUUGUAGUCUUUAAAUACUAAUUAGAUAUUAGGUAUGUAGUUAAUUUAAUUUUUUUUUUUUUUAUGAUUAAACUGUGAUCUUUGAAGCUCUGAGGUAAAAUGGCAGUUUUCCUUAUUAAUUGUAUACACCAUAAAAAUAGCAUAAGUAAUAAUAAUUAGCUGUAAACACUUAUUUUUGUAUGCUUCAAGGGCUCAUUGGUCUAUAAAAAAAAUUAAUCUCUGGUGUUAAGUGUGAGCCUGAAAAUUUUCUUUUCAAUGUUUUCAAUGUUAGUAAGUUAAUGUUGAAGUUGAUUUUUGAUUUGGUUUGUUUGCCAUUUAUUCUAGAGAUCAGCAGAAAAAGAGGCAGAACAUGGAACAUUUUCCAAGUUAGUUCAUUAGUUCAUAUUUAAGCAUUUACAUUAAGGAUGUAAAACCAGAUUUCAGAUUUUUUACUGAUAACCAGUUUUCCUACAAAAAUAACGGUAUUAGUUUCCUUAAUUUUAAUACCAAAGGAGUGUUGAAUUCAUCUUUUGUUCAAUGAGAUAAACUCUUUAAAAGCAUAAUCGUUCUUCAUCAGUUAUAGAUGAAAAUAUAUUCGUAUAAUUAUCUUAGGAAUAAUGAAAUCAUUUAAUCAGGACCGCUAAUUCUCACUUCGAAUUUUACAGUUGUGAUUUUUAAAAGAUAUAUCAAAUUUAGCUCAUAAUUGUUUUUUGUAAAACUGUUAUAUUUCUUUCUUUGCUACCAAACUAUGUUAGUUUACAAACUGAGUGUUCACGUGAGUGAAGAAGAUGAAGGCAAACCUCUACAGAUCUCCCACACACCUCCCAUGACACCUAUUGAAAGUAGAAAAGUUGGACUUGCAAUCAAGGUACAUCAUUUACUGGGCUAUUUUGGUUUCACCUAGUCACAGUUACUAACCAUUUACAUAAACUUUUAUUUUCUUUCUCAAAAUGCUCUAUGAUUUGUUUAAAUUUACAUUUCUCUUAAUUUCAAAAUGGUGGGGAUUCCAAAUUUCAUUUAACUGCUAAAUUACACUUUGAAAAAUACAGUUUUGGUCAUUGACUUUAUUCAAAACUGUCAAAAUAAUGAUAUUUAUAAAUAAAUGUUUAUUCCCUGAGGGUUGUUAGAUGAAAUUAUUAUUGAUCAUUUCUUCUGCUAUUGUCCAUGGGUCAGUGAGCAGAGUGAAAAGGAAAAUCUGCGGGGAAUGAAGGCUCUAUAACAAUAUAAAUUAAUUUGAAUAAAGAUGUGACCAAACAUUGGCAGCUAACAUCGCCCUUUAACUGCUGUGGUCCGAAUAAAAGAUCAGUUUUGAAUAUGAAAUGAACUAUUAAUUACCAGAUUUAAUUGUUGGUUUUUAUACAAAAUACUAUUUUAGAGUGAUCAUCUGUCCAUAGAGAAGUUACUCAUGCAGACCAUUGAAGUCAGAACUCACUCCAAGUUAAAGGUAGGGGCUAAGAGUUCCUGUACCACUAUAGGUAGCUAAUAGUUUCUGUACCACUAUAGUAAGCUAAUAGUGUCUGUACCACUGUAGUUAGCAAAUACUUUCUGUACCACUAUAGUUAGCUAAUAGUUUCUGUACCACUAUAGUUAGCCAAUAGUUAAGUUUUUGUAGCUACAUAUAUAUAAUUUUUUUGCUCAUGUAUUUAUCAUUUCACUGUUUGUAUGGUUAGUUAAAUGUUUUGACAUUUUUAAAACAGGAACUGGCUAGAGAAAUGCAGAGAGUUAUUGAUGGCAAAUGUAAGUAAAACACUAUCAUUUACUCGCAAAACUCUUGUUUGCUAACUAACAGAAAUACUUAAGAUCAGGCCCAAAAUUAAAACAGACAAAAUUGUUUUCUUUAUCAUAUAAAAGAAUACUAUGUUUAAAAUGGGCUGCAAUAUUGAUUGUUAUAUGUAAUGGUUAAAAAUAUAUGAGUGUUAUAUAUAAGGCUUAAAAAUAUAUGACCAUCCUACCCACCAGGUGAAGUCAGAGAUAUGCCGGUUGCCCUUCAUGUCAGUGUACUAAAUCCUUGCAUGUCAUCAGAAGUCUUGAGAAUCUCUAUAGAUGUCCAAACAGGAUCUUACAUGGCCUCCGUGCCAUCAUGUGGUACGUUUUUUCCCACUAAAUUGUUCUCGGUUGCUUGUUUUAAAAUGAAAGUCAGAUUUUGGGAAGCUGGGGUCAUAGUGUCUCGGCCAAUGUUAAAUAUUUCUUCAUAAAAAAAAAACCACCCUGUAUCAGUCCCCCUCUUGCCUUUUAAGAAUAGCAGAAAUUGGUAGCCUAAUGGAGCUAAUAGUUACAGGAAUGGCACUACUCAAGUGUAGUAAGAGAAUUUCAAGUGCUCAUUUAAAUAGACAAAUACAGUGAAUUAACAUGGGUUUCUGUCUGCUUUUUGGACAACAAUCCCACGCAACACAAAAUCAGUAGAUUGAAACAGAAGGGAAAGAGCAUUUUAAAAAUAAUUUAUUUUUAAAAAAAAAGUAAACUGUAUAAUAGUUAUUGCAAUAACGUAUGAGAUUAGUAAAAGACUUAGCUAAUUUAUUAGUGUACUAGGUAAAGUUAGUUUCAAUAUUGCCGGUAAUGACUGAAGUUACUUUUUAUCAUGAUAAAAUUAAGUUAAGAGUUUUGGUGAAUCUUUAAGUGAAUAAAAAAAGAUAAGAGUUUAUUGUGUUCAUAUUUUAGAACGCUCAGCUGUCCAGGGCAUAGAAGACAGUUUGAAUGGAGAACACAGGGGAAUGGAAAAGCUUCUCAUGAAACUGAAGUAAGUCUUUUUUGGGUUUGAAACCGAUGGAUUGAAUGAGCAUGAACAUUAAUGUCUUGUGUCCUUGUCAUUGUUUUAAAAUUGAUAAAUCUAACCCGGCAUCUCAUCACACUGUGGUAUUUUCUAAGCCCUAUACACAGCUAACAGGCCUGAGACAUCAGACCAAUCAAGCUAUCACUUCUUGUGUUUUUUUUUUUAAAAAAGUGGAUUUCUAUUGGGAAGUUGUUUUUUUUUUUAAAUGAAAUAUUUUUUAAAUAUUUAUUUUUAAGGAAUUAUGAAAUACUAACUGGGGAAACCCAACCAUGCUGCUCAUGUAAAAAAUUUAUGGGAAGGGGUGCAAAGUUCUCUAAUAAUAAUUCCAGAUGACCCUCCAUAAAUACACCAAUGCUUAGUUGUAGUGUCUCUAUAUAGAGUGGGUAGAGACAAGUACUGGUGCUGUUUUCAAUGAGCAUAGCAAUAAGCGUACAAAAUAAGCAAGUGUAGGAAAUCAAUUACCAUGAUUACCGUGUAUAUCCCAUGACUGUUCAAACCCUUUCUAUGAGUGUAUGAAGUCAGUACCAUAAGUCAAUACCAGUCAGAGCUCACAGCAACCUAAAAACCCUAAGUCAGUACGAAGUGGCUAUUCGGACCUGAGAAGUGAGAGGUUGGGAUUAAAAUUGUAAAAAAUAUAUUAGUGUUAGGUUCUAAGACGAAAUUUUGCUUCUAAUGAAAGAUAAUUGAUUGGACUAUAUGAAUGUAAACUUACUUCUUCAGUUUAACUAAAAUAAACUACCACCAAUGACAUCCAAAUAGCAUUGAGUCUAAAGGAACCCGGGUCCGAAUCGGGGCGCUGCGUGUCAGGGUCCAUUUUGACUAAAUGCUAUUCGGAUGUCAUUUGUUGUAGUUUAUUUUAAUUAAACUGAAGAAGCAAGUUUACAAAAAAUAUAGUCCAUUCAAUUAUCUUUCAUUUGAUACCUUAUUUUGUCUUACAAACCCUACGAUAAUUUUUUAAUAUUUUUUAAUAAACCCAAAAUCUCACUUCUCGGACCUGGGUCCGAAUAGCCGCAGCCAAGUCAGUAUGCAUAUGAAAUGUACAAGCUGCUUUUCAUCUCUUAAGCCAGGCCUGCAUAACAUACGGCCCACCAGCACCCACUUUGCGGCCGCCGAAGUAACGAAAUAUUCUUUAUUCUUAUUAUUUACUUAGUAGCUCUCCCGCACAAGUCUUGUCCUAUUUUCUUUUGGCCCUAACAAGUUUUUCAAUAAGUAUUAUAGCCCGCCUUACAGUUUGAGUUGUGCAGGCCUGUCUUAAGCUAUUAAAAAAAAUGUUGAUUCCAAAUUUCAAGGGAAUUAUUAUUUGUCCGCUGUUAAAAAUGUCAUAGUUCUUACUUACCUUGCAGCGGAUAAGAUGCACUCUGGAAUUCUUAUUAUAGAUGGUAAAGUUAUGGAAGAAAAUUUCAGUGGCAAAGUUGUACAGUUGUAUUAAAAUUGUAUUUUAUGUUUCUCCAGAGUUCAGCUUGUUUUACAAAGAUGUGAGAAAUGUGUCCAACUAAUGAUGGCAAACAGUCGUCCAACUCUACCACUCAUCAAUACAGCCGAUCAUCCUCUCAGUAAACUGGCAAACACUCGGCUCUAUGUUAGGGUACCAAAACAACAAGGAUAUUAUGUAGUAAGUAAACUAGCUUAGGCUGGUGCUCUAUGUUAAUGUACCUAAACAACAAGGAUGUUAUGUAGUAAGUAACCUAGCCAAGACUGCGGCUCUAUGUUAAUGUACCUAAACAACAGGGAUGUUAUGUAGUAAGUAACCUAGCCAAGACUGCAGCUAUAUGUUAAUGUACCUAAACAACAAGGAUGUUAUGUAGUAAGUAACCUAGCCAAGACUGAGGCUCUAUGUUAAUGUACCUAAACAACAGGAAUGUUAUGUAGUAAGUAACCUAGCCAAGACUGAGGCUCUGUUUUUGGGUACUUAAUCAGCAACAAUAUUUUAAGUGAAUUUUUCAUCAACCUUGGUAAUACUUUUGAAAGCAUGACUUAUGUGGUGUAAUUUUAAAUGAAUAAGCCCGGUGGUGUGUGGCUAUGUCGCUUUUACAUCAGAUGCUGUAUUGCUUGUAAAGUUCAUUCUCGUUAUAUUGUUUUUCCAAAGGUUGUUGAAGUCCGAGAAAGUGAACAUCGUAAAGUUGAUGUUAACUAUUACAUGUUGGAGACCACACAGUGCACAGCCGAUGGGGUGGAGGAUGACAUAGGGGAGGAAACUUUAGUCAAAGCCUUCAUGAAGGCUGGACAACUCACUCCCAUUGAUACAUACUCCAUGGCUCAUGGAGAAUUCUGCAAAAUUUUUGGUAAACAAUAUAUAGGAUUUAAUUUUUGGGAUAUAUUUGAAAUUAGACUUCAACUACAGUUGUGCACAUAAUGCAUUAUUUAAAUCUGUACGAAUUUACUAGCGUGCUACCCCAGAGGUCACAAAAUCUAAUUUUAUCACUAUUUAAGUCCCUUAUUAUGACUAAGGCAGUCCACUGAUUGGCUGGUUUUUUUUUUACGCUAGAGACAUAAUUUGAUGUAGAUGUUUUGUGUUUAACUUUUUUUAGUUGGAUAAUUUUGACUUUAUUAAAUUAUGUAUUUAUCUAUGUGCUGAAAAUGUAUGUGUACAAUGUAAUCAAAAAACAUUUCCAUUUGUUUGGAUCAAUAAAAGAAUCUUAUCUUAUAUUCUUAAUAUGAAGUUUUUCAAUUCAAUCUGGAACUCUGUUUUCUUUUUCAGAUGGUAUACCUUUGACAAUGGAUAGCCUUACAAGAAAACGAAAGGUGGGUCAAUAGUUUAUGAUAAAAGAAAGAACUGUUUGUUUUGGGCUAAGCCUGUGAUAAAAUUCUUGGACACAAAAUUUUCAUAAUUGUAGCCAGGGUCUGAUAGCAUUCUAGCUUUGAAUUGAGGCUAGGUGUGUUCCUUAUCUUGUGUGUACUCUCAUGAGCUAAUGCUGAACUCUCAUGUGAUGAAUUUUUCUACAGAUCUUCUUGGGGGAAGAUGGCGAUGAGCCUGAUGCCAAAAAGAUGAAGGGAUCUCCGUAUUUUGUCAGUGAACUGGCCUAUCUUCUUGCCAGGUGUGAGGAGAAGAUGCCUUUUGUUUUCUUGGGGGAAGAGGUCAGUGACAAGUCUGUGUGGUUGAGUUUCUCACGUCAUAUCUGUUCACUCGUUCAUAUUUUGUUACAUCAUUAAAACCAAUCAGAAGUCCUAUUCCAAGGACAGGGUAAACUUUAAUCCAAGCUAGUGAUCACCUGGUCCUGUCGUCCUACAAUAUUUCAAACAUAUAUACACAGAUUUAUAUUUAUAUAUACCGCAGCAUGCUGGAACACAAUACAAUUUUUCUUAGCUCAGACAGCAAGACACUAGGUCACAGAUAAAUAAAAUCACAUCAGAAUGUUUCACCAAUGACACUAACAGUAGCGAAGGCACUCCACGCACAAUAAAACACAACCUUCAGUGCGCAACAAUUACAAGUCAAUGUCCAUGCUGACAGUGAGGAGUUACAAAGUUUUAGGAGAUUUGAAUUUGCUUUCGUCUUUAUAAUUCAUGACAUCUAUCGCUAAGACUCUCUUUCUAAGAAUGAGCCAAGGUGAUUUUACAAAAGGAUCAACUGUUCUUGAGGGGUGCUGGCCCUUGUAAGACAAUAAUUUCAUUUUCCUUAUAAAGCUUUUGAAUUUCAAAUAUGAUCAGUUUUUUUGUGAAAGUAAACAAACUUUUCUAUAUGUUUAUUCAGUUAUCCAAACAAGGCAUUAGUCAUGAUGGUGGCACAUUGGAUGGCACCGGUACAUGUCUGUCUUUGGGAAUAUUGUAGUAAGUAGUCACAACUAAUACUUUCACAUUUGUUAAAUCUAACCUUUUUAUUAUAGUAAAAUUGAAAAGUAGACACCUGUAAUUUGCAUUUUUUAAACCAUCUGCAUAAUUUCCUUUAACAUUUGUUUUAUAAUUUAGUUGCUUCAAAACAACAAUUGGUUUCCUUAAUAUAAAUAAAACUAAUAUUAUCUGCUUCCUAAAGUUUUCUCUUAAAUAUUUAUACAUGUCAAUUUUUGCCGAUCAGUUUCUUUUAACAAAUAUCAAUAAAGGUCACUUUUCGCCAGUCAGUUUUUAUGAAAAAAUAUUAAUAAAUGUCCCUUUUUGCUGAUCAGUUUCCUUGAAUAAAUAUCAAUAAAUGUCACUUUUUGCCAAUCAGUUUUCCUGAAGUGUUGGGGCUUCCAGAGGAGGUCAAUGAUGGUCUAAGGAAACAGAUUCUUCAGUGUAAAUUUAGAAUACAGAACAGGCAGUCAAGGUUGUGGAUUCUUGAGGUAUAUAUUUUAGGGCUUUUCAUUAUGUGUUGUAAACAUAUUUCAUAUAUAGUAUGAUUAAAAUUAGAUAUCUAACAUUUAUGUGCACCUCACAUAACAAUAUUCAGUUAAGCUUUUUCAGAAUCCCCAAAAAUACAAUGAAUAAAACUGCAGGCCAUCUUUGCUUUCCAUCAUCAACAAAGUCAAAUCCACCAUGUGAACAUACAGUUUAAAAAAAUCUCAUAAGAUAUAUUCAGUUUUUAAGAUCAACUUUACAUAAACUAGACUAGUUGUCUCACAGUUUCUCUUCUUUUUGUUUUUUUAGUUCAUCUUCAAUAGAUCACCACUACCAAGUAUUCAUAUUAAAGAAUCAGGUGAGACGGUAGAUUCCUCUCUGUCUGUCAUGGUAUUUACAAUAAUGUAAUGAGUUUUUAAAUGGCAUUUGUUCUCUGUGAUGUACUUAAGAGCUAAGGAUUUAUAUGUUGAUAAAACAACCAGCAUUAGAGGAAAAUGUUCAGAAAGUUUCAACUAAGCUCAAUUAUGUUUAUUUUCUUUCAGGGGACAGCCAGAGGGUAUGUGUUAUGUUUGAUAUGAAUGGGGACAACAUACAGAAGACUGUCUCUGAUCUCAUGGACGUGUGGACCUCUGUUGCUUAUCUUUACGGAGCUGUCCAGAGAUUUGCCGAAAGUUAUAAUGGUAAGGUCAGGCUUAAAACUAGAAAUAAUAGGAGCCAUUUGAUACCUAAAAAUUGAUGAUUAAAUUUUGUAUCAAUUUUUAGAGUCACCGUUGAAUAAUUGAGUAAGAGAGUACAAAAUUGCAACUUUGUGCUACCGCAUGCUUACAUGACCUGGCGCCAUCUUAUCUCAAAGCACUCAUGACGCCUUAUGUGGUCAUCCGAUAGUGGCAAAAUAUCGAUACCGUGUGUUCGCCUUGAGACUUACGGAAAGCGCACUUUUGCAUUUGCCGGCCCAACAAUUUGGAACACCCUUCCAGUGGCUCUCAGAAACAGCCAGACACUCGAGUCCUUUAAAACCGAUUUAAAAACACAUCUAUUUCGCAAAAACCUUCUGGGGUGAUGCUGUCUACCAUCUUUUUCAGUUAAUGUAUAUUGGCCUGUGUUGCUUAUGGUUGAUACUGGAUGAAAUACUUUGACUUCAUAUGCUCGUAUGUAGUUUUAUAUUGUUGCGUCUGUUUUUUAAAUGUGGUAAAUUUCAGAUUGUUUUUAUUUCUCUUUAUAAUGUGGUUGACUUUGUACCGCGCUUCAAGCUUUUGGGGAUGAAGCGCGUUUUUCAAAUAAACUUUAUUACUAUUAUUUAUUAUUAAGGAUUAAGGCAAACAGUGAGAAAUAAGGACUUGGAUUAUUGGGGCACUGGCCUUUGUGUGCUAGAGUAUUUGUAAGGCAUGGUGAGGGAGGGGUCUCUCCAUGCCUUUUUUUUCUUACAGGCUUUAAAAUAAAAAUUUAAAAAAUACAUUAAACUGGCAAAAUGGUAAGAAAACAAAAGGUAUGAAUGAAGGUAAGUUGCCACUAUUACAAACUAUACAUUGGAUUACGUGUUACAACUUAUUCUUUCACAUAAAUAGUAUGUGUGACCUUUAAUCGGAAUUGUGCCCAUGAAUAAUUAAGUGCAUAAGUGAUCUGUUGUAUAUGAUUUCAUCAUUUAUUUGAUCUCUUUAUCCUUUGAUCACCAGAUGCCCGUACAAAUCUCUCAACUAUGGUGGAGAUACAGUCAUACAACUAUAAGAAACUAACACUGGCUUAUGGCCCCAACAUGUGUAGUUUGGUAAGCCAUCAAUUAAGUACAUCUUCGCAUUUAUACUCAUGAAUGAGACUGGAAUUUAUUGCUAAGAGCUUGAUCGCUGUCCAAACCACUUAUAAUUAGUUAAUGUUCUUAAAAGUUCAUUUCCAAUAUUACCGCCUUUUAUCAGUCAUUGUAAGUUGCUAUUAUUAAAUUGAAUAUGCUCAGUAAAAAAUGAAUUUCUAUAUGUAAAAUGUGUAAAAAGAAAACAUUUCUGUAACUCACUAUUUGUGUGAUUUUGUGGAUGUCAAAGUUAUGUAUAGACCAUUAGCUUACUCGUCAACUGUGAAACAUUUGGUUUACUCAGCUUGGUGUUGAAUGGAAGCCUGUGUUGCGGAGGUUUGAGCUUACACUUGGCACACGCCUCCCGUCAGCCUCUGCCAAUCCUCACAUUCCUAUGCUGCUUCAGUUAGCUGAAGAGUUCAACCUUCAUUGUAGCUUGUCUCAGUUGAGUCAGGUAAGAUGCGCAACAAAACACCAAAGUUUAGAGCAAGUUAUUAGCUCCUCCCAACGGCCAGGGAAUGGAUCUUGGUGUCAAAACACUGGUAAUACUUAACAAAAAUAUGGGCUGAAAGUGUAUCCCUUUUUUUUUUUUUAGGCAUACACCUCUGUACAACACAGAAACGUGUCUGUACUUGAACUCUUUAUAUGUUUAACUUGCCAGUUGAACUAGUAAUAUGACUGAUUUAAAUGAUAGCAGGAUCUGUAUUCUAACUAGUAAUCCAUUUUGUGUGACCAAUAGACACUCCAUGACACCUGGACCCCUAUGAUGUCAAUAUCCAAACUGCCAUCUGCUGCUGUCCUUGGGGCUGCUACGGUGAGUAGAUUUGUAAUAAUCUCAUAAAAGGGAAUAAUCGGGGUACUAAAAAAAUGACAUUAACAUCAUUAAUUAUGCGACUAUAGUUUCUGACAGCUCCAUGAUUGUUUUAUAUGCUACCAGCUCCACGACUGUUUUAUAUGCUACCAGCUCCAUGAUUGUUUUAUAUGCUACCAGCUCCACAACUGUUUUAUAUGCUACCAGCUCCAUGAUUGUUUUAUAUGCUACCAGCUCCAUGACUGUUUUAUAUGCUACCAACUCCAUGACUGUUUUAUAUGCUACCAGCUCCAUGACUGUUUUAUAUGCUACCAGCUCCAUGACUGUUUUAUAUGCUACCAGCUCCAUGACUGUUUUAUAUGCUACCAGCUCCAUGACUGUUUUGUAUGUCGAUGAAAUUUCCGUUUGAUCAAAUUGCCGUCGAUCAAUUUACCGUCGACGAAAUUUCUUUCGAUCAAAUUUCCGGAUACGAGUCUAAAUAUUUAUUGUGCCACUAUUUAUUUACUUGACAUGGCUUGAAUUCAGUCUCUCAUAUUAUCUUAUUUUCAGAAUACAAGACAACACAUCCAGACUUUCACAAUCAUCCCACAGUCCAGCUCCCAUGUCAGGAUUGUAUGUCGGGGCAGGUAAGAAAAUGGGCUAAUAUUUAGGUUGUUCACAUCCGACUAUAUUGCGCUACAUAAAAGUUCAAUCUCUCAAUCUGUAUUUAAGACUGGCUGAUCUAACCUGUUGUCCUCUAAAUUAUUCGCAUGAAAAAAUUAUCUGCCAUUCAUUAUCUUGUACAACUCAAAGAAAUAUUUUGUCACAUCCAGUAAAGUUUCAUUAUGGUUUCCAGAGUAUAUUUUUAUGCCUUUGGGCAAGGAGUCCCUUCACAGAUAGGACCCCACACGCAAACAUAGAUUCCAUAACAAAAGUAUGGAUUUGAUUAUACACCAUGCCGUCCAAGCACUCCAGUUUUUUUUUGUUUUGUUUUUUUGUGCUGGCAUCCGUCCGUCACGAUGUGACGAUGGAAAGGGCUUCGGAGGACGAAAUCCACAUGGCCUGGGAUUAUUCUUCAAGGAUUAUAAGCUGGUUCCCAAUAGCAAAUCGCCUCUCUCCACGCCGCUGGAGAACCCAAGGGAACAUCAUGUGGAUGAUGCAGCUUGGCACCAGUGACGUCGCAGGAGUUGUCGGAAUGAUUCAUUGUACCAAUGUUAUCCGCCUUUCGGGACUCCAUCUCCGGGUUUGAUUUCAGAGUUGCCUUCUUUUAGAUGAGUUGCCUUCUUUUAGAUGAGUUGCCAUCCAAGGUUAACGAGUCCCAUCCACCCGGGGUGCUGGUGAUGUUUUUGCUUGACUGGGCUCUGGCUGGAAUUGAACUCGAGACCACCAACUUGAGAUUUGCUCAGUUUAGACCAAUCGGCACCCCAUGCACUCCAGUUACUCUCAUGAGUAAUGAGUCGAUAGUUAGUAUCCCCACCUGAAUAUGAAUCACUCAACAAAGUAGCAUUUGAAAGAGAGGUUUGAAAUGUUUUUCUUUGUGAAUAAAUGCAUCUGCAUAGAAAUGUUUUGCUUCUACAGUAACUGCCUCACACGCCGGCAUCUCCUGGCUCUGCCAGGCUGCCAGCUGGGGUAAGUUCACUAUUUACUUUAUGUGGGUAACAUGUCACCUAGUCGCUGCUUUGCUUCUUUGUUCUUGGCUCUUUUUUUUUUCACUUCUUAUAUCACCUUAACUUUAACUUCUUUUAUAUAAGCCCUGUGACUUUAUUUUGUUUUAUUAUUAGUAGUGCUUCUUUCUUCAGCUCUUGAAGUUCGAGUUUUUUUCCAAUUUUCUGAGUGGAUUUUAUAGGUAAUAAAAAUGUUAUAGUUAUUCAAAGAUAUAGAUAGAAGCUGUUAAGUUUUCAAUAGAGUUUGUCAUUUUUCAGACUGGAAAAUGUCAGACUUUACUAUUUUUAGAACGUCGGACAAAUAUUUCUUAAAACUCAAACAUGGCAGGUAAUAGUGUGUUUCAGCAUAUGGUUUGAACGAUCCUUGUAUCUAGAGUCAAUGUUACAUGUGCAGUACGAGCAAUGUCCCAUUUCACAAAAUAGCAGUAAAAAAAAUUUGUAAAAUAUUUUGUAAAAUGUAGUUGUAAACAAGCUUUUGAUCUAGGUUAAGGUCCUCCUCGCCAACAUAGUAGUACUGAACGGUGUUGACAUUUUGUCCGACCUGAGUACCCGGGUGAUUACAGCAGUUCUAUCAAUAGAUUUCCACCAUUAAAUGACAAGCUCUAUGGACAAAAAAAAGCCAUCAAUUUAGCACAGGAAAAUUUAUCAUGGCUUUAAAUUUUGGAAACAUAAAUGAACAUUUUUCCAAUGAAAAUAUUCUGAUAAAUGGCUUUUUAAUGCUUUAAAAACAAUUUGUCUUAAUUUAAGCUAUGGUUAGCCCUUAUUCUGAUAAUUUAAAUCAUACCAUAUGUAGCACAACAAUUAACUGUGCUUUCUGUUAAAAAUUCCAGUAGAUUAAUGCCAAUGAUCCUGUAAAUUUGUAACCACUGGUUCCAGCACUCAAGUUCUGGUGCUACCAGAUUAGAUCUAUUGGCUUCAGUCAAGUAUUGCUGCUGCUCCAUGUGUUAAUCUUCUUCAUUUGUUACCCUCUAGGUGAAUCCAUCUCCAUCCACUGCACUCAUGGGCACGCCCUCGCCUGGGAGCCUCCUGACAGCCAACUCACCAGGGAACCCCCAGCUUCAUGUGCCAUCUCCUGGUUCUUUUGUACCAGCCCCCUCCCCUCAGUCCUCACUGGUUGGCAUUCAUAUGCAGUCGCCAGCAACGUCCUUUAUGAGCGGUCAGUAGUAUUUUGGGAGCAUGGGAUGUUUCAUGUUUAGCUUUAAAUUGAAAAAUGCCUAAAAACAAUGUUUAGUCACAACUAAUGCUUUCACAUUUUUUAAAUCUAACCUUUCUAUUAUAGUAAAAUUGAAAAGUAGACACCUAUAAUUUGCAUUUUUUAAACCAUCUGCAUAAUUUUCUUUAAGAUUUGUUUUAUAAUUUAGUUGCGUCAAAACAAAAAUCGGUUUCCUUAAUAUAAAUAAAACUAAUAUUAUCGGCUUCCUAAAGUUUUCUCUUAAAUAUUUAUACAUGUCAAUUUUUGCCGAUCAGUUUCUUUUAAAUAAAUAAAUAUUUCAUAGCAUAUUUUUUAAUGAGUCUAUGAGCCAAGUUUCAGCUCGAUCGGAUAACGCCAAGUGGGCCAAUUAGCCAUCUGAAGGUCUUUCCAGCCAGCCAGCCACCAACAAAAGUGAAGUUAAUAUAAACGAUUUUAAAAACCUUUAAAUGUGACUGAAGUAUAAUUUUGCUUCCUAAUUUUUCUAUCCUUUUUAUGACUAUAUUUCAGGUAUUGUUGAUGGAGGCUCCCCAUUCCCGGGGGCAAGUUUGGCCAUGCCAUCCCCAGGCGGCGUAAGGGGUGGGUGGGUGGGAUCACCAUCUGUACAAGACCCGUCACCCGUAUCCCAUCAUACUGUCCACUCACCUGGUCACCCAGCUCUUCACUCACCACAGACACACAAAGAUGGGGACCACAAGCUUGGGGGUGAGUGCAAUCAUUGUGUAUUCAUUAUUAUUACAAAAAUAAAGUUACAAGGCUCUUCAGUUUGAAACAGUGGGGUGUAUUAAACAAUUUGUCACUUAUUUCUAAAUGAUACUCACCUUUCUUCAAGAAAUUGCACAAAUAAGAAAAAAAAGUAUUAAAAUUAAAAUUAUUUGCAUUGCCAUUCAUUUGAAAUGAUUUAUGAAUGAAGGGAGAAACAUAUUUGAUAUACAGUGCUCUUUAAUUAUUUGAAACUGUAUAAGAUACUCUUAAUUCUAUAUAAAUAAAUUUACAUCAGAGUAGCUCAAAUUUUUACAAUACACUUAGACCAAGAUACAUUUCAUAAGUGCUUCAAAGUGUCAUGCAUAAACUGUCUAUUGAUCUAAUCACAGGUCAUUUUGAUCAAUUUCAUUUGAGUUGACCGGCACUUUUUCUCCCCAGUUGUCAACAUGCAGGCUCGUAUCCUGCCACAGAGAGCAUGGGCUGCAGCUAUCCCAACCAUCCUGUCUCACAAAGGUUUUGACACUCUACUCACCCCAACCCCUGAGUCACAGCAAGGUUCUGUCCAGCACACCCCGGCAUCACCCUUGGAGAGGUUUUUUGCUUGCACCAUCAUGAAGAAACACACCAGUAGAUUGGUGAACACAGAGCAGUCGGUAGGUCAACACUAUGAAAGUUCUAAACAAUGUUAGCACCACACAUAGCUGGCACAACACAUUCAGGGUACAUUGAUGUAGAUUUGAAAGAUAUGGUCUGGCAAGAAGAUAUUUUUGAAAAUAAUUUCUUCAUCUUUGGGCAUUUAAAAAUGAAGAUUUUUUUUUUUCUAAGCUAUCAAAGCAAAUUGUGUAUUUUUCUCUUUGGGCAGUUAUAUUUUGAAUGCCAUGGUCAAUUAAAGAUAAAAAAUGUUUCAUGAAACUAUGCUUAUAUAACUGGAGCAGUCAGAAGUGAACCCAAUGUAAAUUGCAGUGCUGGUAAUAUUGAUUUCAAUGUCUUUAAAAAAUUUAAAGCACACAAAAUGCUUCUCUUUUACUAAGCUUUAAAUUUUCUUCAUUUCAAAUAAUUAACCCUUUCAGUUGCUUUAAGGCUUUCCAGCCCUUACUCCUUAGUCUCAUUACAGUCAAAUUUCCCCCGUAACAACACGUCAUUUUCAACAUACUUUAGUGAAGGUAACUCUUCUUAACAAAGAGCCUAGUUAUAAACAGGAAGUGUCAAGCUCUUCUUUUGUCGCAGUUUGGUGGCUGUGCGCUUGAUUUUACACUUCUUUUGAUUUUUAAAAAAAUGUGCUGUGUUGACAGUAGAUGUAAGCUUAAUUGCAAUAGCCCUUUUAGAUCCCUUUAAAAGAAGAUGAAGAUUAAAUUGAUAGAUAUGACGGGUCUAUACAAUUGUGUUGUUUAAGAAAAAUUAGGUGUUACUGGUCCUAAUGUAGACUUAUUUUAAAUAAAAUUUCAUCUUUUCUAUACAAUUAUCUGUAUUUUUUUUUUAUGGUUGGAUUCAAGAUUGAUUUGUAAUAAACUUCUGAUAAAAAUGUAGUUAUUUCCCUUUGCCAGAUAAUUUCUUAACUGGCGCUAUGAUACUGAGAGGGUUCAUUUAAUCUUUAUUUAAACAUCUUUUUAUAACCAAAAUAUCUGAAAUAUUUUAAAAUGUAAAUGGAUGUUUUAGGAGGUAAAGUCGUGUGGUGUCAGCCCACAGUGGCAAGUGUCAUGGCAUAUGUUAUUUUGUUGUAACACCCAUAUGAACUCAACAGAUGCAGAUGAUACCCAGCAAUGAGCCUGGUGUCAUAUGUUUUAAAGUGGACACUCUGCAGUACAAAUUAUCUCUCAACAGUACAACCUGCCAGUCUUUACACAUGAAAAUUACUCCUACACCAGGUGAACUUUAAAAAAAAACAUAUUUCAAUCCAAAAAGAUUGCUCGAUGAUUAAGAUUGUGUCCUGAAAAAAAGAUUUUAAAAUUCCUCUCUUGAUGUGGACAAAUAUUAAAAUCUAUUUUUUUUUUUAAUGUUUGUCCAUGUUUAAUUUUUUAUAAAAUCAAGAAAUACAAUUUUGCUGAAUAACUUUUGAAUUAAAUUGAAUGCAUACCUAAUGAACUUUUUAUAAUGUUGAUUUUAAUCUUAGGUCUUGUUUUUUAAAGUAAUGGCAACUGAAUUUAGAAGCGAAACUAAACUUGAUUCCAUUGUUACACCUUAAUUUUUUUUCAAUAGCCUUCGCAUGAUUCUUGGAAUUAUUUCAAACUAUUAUUACCUUCUGUCACGAUCUCCAUUAAUUAAUAAAACUAUUUGCUUAUUUUAAAAAAAUAUCUUUUAAACAUUAGCAAUAUUUUACCUUGACUGUAUCGACCUUCCAUGUAGCAAUGAGAGCGCUGCUCUGUGUUUGAUAGUUAGCAUCGUGACUCACAGUAGCAUUACAAAUACUUAAUUCAACACUAUAAACUUUCCUGUUAAUGGCAGAACACCAAGAUAAAUGGACCACUGAAGAGCUCCAGGUGCUGGAAAAGUUUUUUGAUCUGAAAGUUUUCUGUCCCCCGUAUCGUCUGAACGCCCUGACAGCUGUAGGAAGGAUAAUCUCUGCCCCAUACAGGAUUCUCAAGGACUGCAUACAGAUCAUGAAAUUAGAACUGGUAGGAAACAAAGCUCAGACUUAUGAAAUAGAUUGGCAAAAUACUGGCCUGAAGAAAAAUAUUUGUAGUCAUAAAGUUGACUUAUGAAACCAAAUAAUAUUAUGACAUCAUGGGUCACAAAAGACAGAGAAUUUUCCUAACGUGUUUAAUUUUUACAACUGCUUUUCAGCUUGCUGGAAUAAUUUAAAAUAAUUGAAGGAAUUAAUGCAGAUACUUUUAAUGUUCAAGAUAAUUAAUGUUGCGUAUCAGCAAGAAUAGAAACCCCAGGGCACGGUCCAACCCUCAAAAAUUUUGAAAUUUUGCUACUGCUAGGUACUGACAAAUGUUUAGGAUAAAAACAUUGCACGAGACUUUGACCAUUAUGAUUCACUUAUUAUUCCACGUCUUCAUAUAAUUACAAUCGUGCAUCUUAAGUAGUGCCUCACCUGAUUUCAAUUUUAUAAAAACUCCAAAUUUUAAGCUAUAAAUAAUUAUAUUGUUACAUCAGACAGUAUAAACAAUGCUGCUGGGUAGCCGUCCAUGGCUUGAAAUGUAAAUGGUUCUUGAAUGUGUGUAGUGAAUAUACAUUUGUUUAGUUUUACUUUGUUAAUGUAUGUUUAUUUUUAAGUUCAUGAUUAUGUUUGUUAAAUUGUGUGUACAGCGUGGUGAGCCCAGCCCAAGACUGGGGUACCGCGCUAUAUAAAACUACUAAUAAUAAUACAAUAAUAAUAAUAUGGCUUUGGAAAUAAAGGCGAUCUUAAAGCUUUAAUAAAAAGUGUUUUAAAAAUUGGACUUGUCUCUCUUGAACUUUUGCACUAAGGCCACUUUUUUUCUCAUUUCAUGGACGUAAAACAAUUUUCUCUCUAGAACAUUUACACUAAGGCCAUUUCCCAUUCUCAAAAAGACUGUCCGACCCCUUAAACUUGUUCAUUGUGAUGAGCUGUUCUUUGUUGUGAUGUCAAUGAAAACAUUUUCCAACAUUACAUUUGACUGUGUAAGUGUUACUAUCUAAUCUCUCCUCUAGAUGCCUGACCGUUCAAUGAAGUGGACCGUCCAAUGGUGUUUGACCAUUCCGCCAUCCCUGCACUUUAUUUCUCCUGUUGGUGUUCCUGCUUUUGUAGUCAGGGCUAAAAUGAUUUUCAUGGUAACUAAGAGAAACAAAAUAUUUAGGAUAAGUUUAUGGUGCUUCACUAUAAUAUUUAUAUUAUUAGUCAGUCGUGUUUUAGAAUGACUUUUUUAACUUGUUUGAAUCUGAAAAUCUUUUUGUUUUUAAUCUUGGUCAGAGCCUUUUUAUAAAUUGUGCCCCUUUAAAAUGCAAGCUAAGAAUUCAGAAAACCCUAUAAAUAAAAAAAUUAGAAAUUAAAUGAAAAUGUAAAAUAAAAGAAGUAAAUAGUUGUUUUUUAAAAAUUUAAAGCUCCUUUAAUUUGAGAAAAUAAUUAUUUUUCCUUUUUAAAAAAAAUUCAAAUUUCCGUCCAAUGUAAAUUUUUGUGGAAUGCAAUUUUUGUUGUACUUUUAAGCAAAAUUUUAUUUUUAAAAGUUGGGAAAUUGUAACUUCCCUGUGGCAGAUUUAAUUUGAUGUUAAACUUGACUUCGAUUACAGCUACAGUUGACUCGUAUUGGACUGAAUGUUGGACCAGGUGAGCAGUCAAUUGUAGUGCCCCUUCUCUAUGAGAUGAACACCAACAAACUGACCAGAGUGGAAGGAAAGCUGCCCCAGUUGAACAACACCCCAUCUUUACAGGCUGUCAGCACCAUGUUGAAUAGGUUUGCUGACCAUUACCAGCAACAGAACCACAACAAUGAGUGUGCUAUACUUCCUGCAGUCAAAGAACUGCUGAGUAAUUUAGUGGUUCCAGUUUAACAAGUUUUUAAACCAUGUUUUUUUUUUGUUCACUUCAGUGGAGGUCAUGUUGAUGUCUAAAACUAAAAGGGUUUAUAAAACUGAAUUCUUGAAGUUAACAAGUUUAAGCAGGAAAAGCAAUGCAACAUUUUUAACUUUGAUAAGAAAUUAGAAGUAUUACUGAAUAUCAUGAAAGAUAAUUGCUCAGCAAAUAGCUUUAGAUUACUUCAAUAUAUCAUGUUAUUCCAAAUCUUCUCUAGUAGUAGUAUUCAAAAGC